CCACCGGGAAGAAGUCUUCUCUAGCUUCUGCUGGAGGAGGUGGUUCCUAGUACACAGGACCCGUGGUCCAUAUCUGCUGCAGAAGGUUAUAUCCCUGAUGGAUACAGCCAACAAGAUGGAGGAGAGAAUGUUAGAUCUCACCCUAGAGAUCAUCUUCUGGCUCACUGGAGAGGAUUAUACAGUUGUGAAGAAGACAUCCAGUGAGCACUGUCAGACCCCUUUGGUUGAAUCUUGUGGUAGAACCCUACGCCCCAUCACAGAGCCUCCCCCUCACCCCCUGAUACAUGAGCAGAAGAUCCUAGAACUCACCCACAAGAUGAUGGAGCUGCUGACUGGAGAGGUUCCUAUAAGGUGUCAGGAUGUCACUGUCUAUUUCUCCAUGGAGGAGUGGGAGUUUAUAGAAGGACACGGGGAUCUGUACAAGGAGGCCAUGAUGGAGGAGGACCAGCCCCUCACAUCUCCAGUUAUUUUUAGUAAGAGAAGAACCCCAGAGAGUCGUCCUAGUCCUCGCCUUCCUCAGGAUCAUCAGCUACUGAAAGUUCAUAAAGAUGAGAACAAUAUCCGUGCUGCAGAGUCCAAUAUGAGGCCUGAUGACCAGUGCAAGGGGGACAUCCCUACAGACAGCCACCCAGAUGAAUGUUCCAGGAGCUCGGAGAGACAUCUGAUGCCUUCAGACAUAAAAGCAGAUGAUUGUGGUGUCACACAAGAUACAUGUGAAGAACGUGUUAUUGUCCCAGAUAGACCCUCAGUCCUUCACAGUCAUAACAUAUCAUCUGAUCCUAUUAAAUGGGUCCUACUGUCCGAUUCGUCACAGAAUGAGAAGCAGAGAUGUGCUGGACAUCAAAUAAGUCACCUGGUGGAGAAGCAGUAUUUAUGUUCAGAAUGUGACAAAUGUUUUACUUCAAAGUCACAUCUUGUUAUACAUCAGAGAAUUCACACAGGAGGGAAACGAUUUUUAUGUUCAGAAUGUGGAAAAUGUGUUAAUCUGAACUCCACUCUUGCUGAAGAUGAAAGAAUUGUCAUAAGAGUGAAACGAUUUCCAUGUUCAGUAUGUGGCAAAUGUUUUACGUCAAAAUCACAGCUUGUUAAACAUGAGAGAACUCACACAGGAGAGAAGCCAUUCUCAUGUUCAGAAUGUAAAAAAUGUUUUUCUCUGAAAUCACAUCUUGUUAUACAUCAGAGACUUCACACAGGAGAGAGACCAUAUUCAUGUCCAGAAUGUGGGAAAGGCUUCACUCUUAAAUUAUCUCUUGUUGAACAUCAGAGAAUUCACAUAGGAGAGAGGCCAUUUUCAUGUUCAGAAUGUGGCAAAUGUUUUACUCGGAAAUCAGAUCGUGCUAAACAUCAGAGAAUUCACACAGGAGAGAAGCCAUAUUCCUGUUCAGAAUGUGGGAAAUGUUUUACUAGGAAAUCAGAUCUUGUAAACCAUCAGAGAAUUCACACAGGGGAGAGGCCAUUUUUAUGUUCAGAAUGUGGGAAUUGUUUUACUGUGAAAUCAGCUCUUCUUAAACAUCAGAGACUUCACACGGGAGAAAAGCCGUUUUCAUGUUCAGAAUGUGGGAAAUAUUUUGCUCUCAAAUCAAGUCUUUUUAAACAUCUGAGAGUUCACACAGGGGAGAAGCCGUAUUCAUGUUCAGAAUGUGACAAAUGUUGUACCUCAAAAUCAGAUCUUGUUAAACAUCAGAGAAUUCACACACAGAGAAGCCAUUUUCAGUGACCAUACCUCCUGGUGCGAGUUCAGUUUCCACAUAUGGCUGCUUUCACACUGGCGUUUCUGGGUCUGCUUGUGAGAUCCGUUUCAGGGCUCUCACAAGCGGCCCAAAACGGAUCAGUUCAGCCCCAAUGCAUUCUGAAUGGUUAAGGAUCCGUUCAGAAUGCAUCAAUUUGGCUGCGUUUGGUCUCCGUUGCGUUUAUUAGACCGUCACUAAAACGCGUUUGGUGACCGUCU